UCCCGGGAGUGGAUGGUAGUUGAGAGACGCAGGCAUGAAGCCACUGUACCUUUAACGCCAAAUGUCUCUUUGGUCUUGAAGCGGAAUAAUUCAACGCGCCCAGCAAGUGGGAGUGGUAGUUGGAAUAUAAUCCACAUCAAACACAUUGCAGCAAUUUCAUGCAACUCUGAGUUGUAAAGUUAAACGAUAAUCUCUGUUUAUUCAGAACUGGUACUUGUUGAGUUAAACAAAUGAGGGUGUAUGGGUUGGUCUUGAUGCACUGCCUGUGAUGAUAUGCAAAUAUCUCUUUGUCUUGCACCUAAACUCACAGCGAGUUCCUCUGUCGAAAGGCACCGUGACCCACCUGCAGUGUUCGAGUCAAAUUUGCCCAAAUUACACAGCACCAAGUGCCUCUCGCUUGCUGCCUGUGCCGUGGAGCAGUGACCGAGCGUAGCAGGUCUGUCAGUAAGAUGAGUGUCGGGACAGAUAAAUCAUCGGAUGUCCGAGCUGGUGUUUCACAAUCCCGGGACCAAGCAGGUAUUGAACAGAAUGGCCAUGGCUAUACUCGGCAGAUCAAAACUGAGGACCAGAGAGACUCGCCUCCACAGGACCUGCAGCCACUUCACACCUUGCAGCAAUUGGUGGUCGUACCUGGGCAUCACCUGCAAACAGCAGCAACGUUCCUCAUGCCUCAGGCACAGCAGAACCAUCAAGGUUCGCUGCAGACUCCAAACUUGCUCCCGUUGUCUCAGCAAUCACAGAGCUCCCUCUGUUCCCCUCAGUCUGGCAUUGGGCUCACUUCACAGGCUGUCAUUCGAUCAGGUCUCAUGGGUUCAUCCUUGGAGUCUCACUUAGAAGCCCUUCCUCCACACCAGGUCCCAAAGCCCAUUGCUCCAAAGCACAUCCCUUCUGUGCAGUCAGAUGAACCUAAUGACCUGGAGGAACUGGAACAGUUUGCAAAAACAUUUAAACAAAGGCGCAUUAAGCUGGGUUUCACUCAGGGGGAUGUCGGAUUAGCGAUGGGAAAACUCUAUGGAAAUGAUUUUAGUCAAACUACGAUCUCCCGAUUUGAGGCUUUGAACCUGAGCUUCAAGAACAUGUGCAAACUCAAGCCACUGCUGGAAAAAUGGUUGAGUGAUGCAGAAAAUGUCCCCUCUGAUUCAACACUGAACAGCCUGGCAUCUCUCGCACCCCAGAUGAUUGGGAUGGAGGGCCUUGGCCGCAAAAGGAAGAAGCGAACAAGCAUUGAAACCAACAUCCGCCUGACCCUGGAGAAGCGUUUUCAUGAGAACUCGAAGCCCAGCUCGGAAGAAAUUCUGAUGAUUUCAGAGCAGUUGUCGAUGGAGAAAGAAGUUGUCCGUGUUUGGUUCUGCAAUCGGCGUCAGAAAGAGAAGAGGAUUAACUGUCCCAUUGCUUCUUCCACCAAAGCACCAAUGUAUAGCUCACGGCUGGUUUCCACCUCGGGAUCCAUUGAACCUCCGAUCAUGUCACAGAUGCACAACAGCUUGAAUAUGACAGGCAUGUCUUCCUCCAGUAUGAUCAACAGACCUUCAUCACCAAUCACAUCGUCCACUGAUAGUGGACACACCUCAACUAGCGGCCAAUCUGGGCUUGGCACUGCUCCAGGCUCACGAUUCUGGUGGAAUAGUCCUUCAUUUUUUCACUGAAGGUACUGGGAUUUCACCUUCUGAUCAGCCACUUCUUCAGUCCUCAGUUACUGUAAUGCACUGUACAGACGCACAGUGAGGAUGGACAAUAGAAAACAUGCAUAUAUCAGGGACAACAUUUAGUGCAAAUGAUUUACAGAUUUUGCAAAGACAAUACAAACACUGCAGCAUUGUUGCAAAAUUGCAAUGGAUUGGCUGAUAUACUGCCUUCAAUGUGCUCUCUUCACUGCCAAUCAAAGCUAAUGAAGCAUUAAACCCUCACCUUCUACCCUUUUGAUCUAUAUCCAUUGGAUUGAAUACGUUGCAAUAAGGUUACCAUGAAUCUUUCACUAUGUAUGAGGCAUGACUCCCUAGAUGUUAGGAAGCACUUGCAGGCCAAUUUGUGUUCACCUGAGAUGAAUGCCAUUUUACUUCCAAUUAGAAUGUAAUAUUCAGCAUA